AUGUUUCGACCACAGCUAUCUCUGAGUAUCUCUGCUGCACAGGGCUGUUCGCGGCCCACAUUGUCUCUCAAGUCUCCCGGACCACUUCCUCGCACCCCUCUGUCUCCACCUGCUGCCAGCCCCAGCGCAAAGCGGUUCCCGUCCUUGCAAGUGCCGUCCUACAACUAUACCAACUCGUGCUCUACCAAAAGCAUUCUCAAGAAACGCCCUGCACACGGGAACCCAGACAAGCGCAUCCAGUUCCAGAACACUCCGACCGUGCACUGUGUGACGCCCAUUGUGAAUCCCGACGAAUACUACGGCACAUACACCAAGUUAUCACGCGAGGAGCGACGAUGGAUUGUUCGAGAUUGA